AAUCAGCUUGCCUUUCCAUGAGUCAUCGGCUUUCUCCAAGGGUUACCCUUCCUUCACUGUUUGGCUAAUUUGUAUUUCUUAAAUCAACACACAACCAGGGAUUAGGCUAAUGGUUCUAUUUAUUUUGUGCAAUUCUGCCUGCUCACAACUGAUGGCUGACCAGAGCACUGUUAUCUUGAGUCACGCUCUAUCCGUAGCCAUGCCUCCAUUGUCUUGCCUGACAUAUAUAAAUCAGAGGGAGUCCUGACCCUCAGUUCUUUCUGGCUUCACAGUGAGACUUGUCUACGCAACUGAACACUUGCUGAGUCCUGUUAUCUGCCUUGAAAUUAGCCACUGUCAUCAAAAUGUUUUGUGGGGACUAUGUGCAAGGGACCAUCUUCCCAGCUCCUAACUUCAACCCCGUGAUGGAUGCCCAAAUGCUGGGGGGUGCACUCCAGGGAUUUGAGUGUGACAAAGACCUGCUGAUUGACAUCCUGACUCAGCGCUGCAAUGCCCAGAGGCUGAUGAUUGCAGAGGCCUACCAGAGCAUGUACGGCAGGGACCUGAUUGGCAUGCUGAAGGAGCAGCUUUCUGAUCACUUCAAGGACGUCAUGGUUGGCCUCAUGUACCCGCCACCAUCCUACGAUGCACACGAACUCUGGCACGCCAUGAAGGGAGCAGGCACCGAUGAGAACUGCCUCAUUGACAUAUUAGCUUCGAGAACCAAUGGAGAAAUUUUCCAGAUGCGGGAAGCCUACAGUUUGCAAUACAACAACAACCUCCAAGAGGACAUUCAGUCAGAGACCUCGGGACACUUCAGAGACACCCUCAUGAACCUGGUCCAGGCAACCAGACAGGAGGGCUACACGGACCCCGCCAUGGCCGCCCAGGACGCAAUGGUGCUGUGGGAGGCCUGCCAGCAGAAGACCGGGGCGCACAAAACCAUGCUCCAGAUGAUCCUGUGCAACAAGAGCUACCAGCAGCUGUGGCUGGUUUUCCAGGAAUUUCAAAAUAUCUCUGGGCAAGACAUAGUAGAUGCCAUCAAUGAUUGUUACGACGGAUACUUCCAGCAGCUGCUGGUUGCCAUUGUGCUCUGUGUUCGAGAUAAACCAGCCUACUUUGCUUAUCGACUGCACAGUGCCAUCCAUGACUUCGGUUUCCAUAAUAAAACCGUGAUCCGGAUCCUCAUUGCUAGAAGUGAAAUAGACUUGAUGACCAUAAGAACACGGUACAAAGAGAGAUAUGGGAAAUCCCUGUUUCAUGAUAUCAGACACUUUGCUUCAGGGCACUAUAAGAAGGCACUGCUGGCCAUCUGUGCUGGUGACAUGGAGGACUGCUGACACAGAGGGGAGGAUGGGGAGCGCCGGGCACUCUUCACAGACACAUCAGAGCACAGAGUGUGACACAUGCGUUGUCACUCACACCACCACCAAACUACAAGAUCAAAUUUUCUCUUCUGUCUGUAAAAUUAUUCCAAAAUCUAUGAAUGAAAAUCUGUGAUCAAGGAUUUGCACCUGUUAUUUGAUCAUCAAAGAAUUAAUUUGUAUAUGAUGGAAUAAUAACAAUAUUGCCAUGGAAUACGGUGUUUUGGUUUUUCUUCAAGACUUAAUCAUUUGAAAGGCAGAGUUAACAGAGAGGGAGAGAUAGAGAAUGAAAGAGAGAGAUCCUCCAUCUGUGGUUCACUACCCAAAUGGCCACAAGCAGCCAGGAACCUAGAACUCCAUCCAAGUCCUCCAUGUGGGUACAAGGACCCAAGCACUUGAACCAUCUUUGUCUGCUUUCCCAGGUACACUGGCAGGGAACUGGAUCAGAGGUAGAGCAGCUGGGUGUUCUUAUGGGAUACUAAUGUCACAGGUGGCAGCUUAAUCCACUGUGCCGGCCCCAGAAUAGGUUUUAUUUAAAUGAGAAUUAUCUGUACCCGACAGGGAAUCUACUCAAGACUUUCCUUAGUGUAUUUUGGGACAGCAAGGAAAAUGCAUUGUGUGAUCAUCCUAUUUAGAGGAAUUUUCAAACUUCUGUAAAAAUACAAUAAAGUUCAAGUGAACUCCUAUGGCAGUCUUUAAAAUAAAAUGCUCAGUUAGUUGUCGCCAAUCAGGGAGAACAUAUGAUAUUUGUCCCUUUGGGACUGGCUUAAUUCACUCAGCGUAAUGUUUUCCAGAUUCCUCUAUCUUGUUGCAAAUGACCGGGUUUCAUUGUUUUUGACUGCUGUAUAGUAUUCUAUAGAGUACAUGUCCCAUAACCAUUUUAGUAUUUUUUUGUUCUAGUACUAUUGUUUGAACUCUGUAAUUAACACACAAUUAUUCUUAGGUGUUUAAAUUUAACUGAAAAGUGAUCCCUGUUAAAUAUAAGAGUGGCAAUAAGAGAGGGAGGAUACGUACAAUUUGGGACAUGCUCAAUCAGACUUGCCCCAAAUGGUGGAGUUAGAAAUGUGCCAGGGGAUUCCAAUACAAUCCCAUCAAGGUGGCAUGUACCAAUGCCAUCUCACUAGUCCAAGUGAUCAAUUUCAGUUCACAAUUGAUCACACUGAUAGGACUUAGAGUCAAAGGGAUCACACAAACAAGACUAGUGUCUGCUAAUACUAGCUGAUAGAAUCAAAAAGGGAGAGAACAAUCCAACAUGGGAAGCGGGAUACACAGCAGACUCAUAGAAUGGCAGAUGUCCUAAAUAGCACUCUGGCCUCAGAAUCAUCCCUUAAGACAUUCAGAUCUGGCUGAAGAGCCCAUGAGAGUAUUUUAGGCAUGGAAAGCCAAG